UGUUUAUAUUCGUUAUUACGUUCAUCCCCACGCCUUAAUCCUCUCUGCUUCCUUUUUAUUUAUUCCUUAUUUGCUUCUUCAUCCUCUAUAUAAACACCCGUUUACCCCGCAAUUACAUCUCGUGCCUUGUCACACGUCAGCCUGCCCUCGUCAUAAUCUCUCCAAUCUUCUCCGAUUUCAACAUCUCCAACUCCCAAGCAUCGUCAAUGCUUACGAUGAAGAAGAUACCAUGAAAGCUUCAACGCGGCUUUUGCAGACUGCAAGGCACUUUACGAAACACCAUGGCCCGCGGGUCCGUCUCCCAGGCUUCCCAGUCACGGCCGACGACCCCAUCACGAGCCUCGCCAGCAAGCCGUUACAUAGCUUCAGUCUAGCAGAUCUAGUCAGGCACGGCCGUCCUCCCCUCUCCACCGAAGCCCUCCUCGCCUCCGCCAACUUUACCCUCUCCCUCCUCCCCAUCCGCCUCGCGCACCGCAUCCAAGCCCUCCGCAACCUCCCCUACAUCGUCGUCUCCAACCCCAACAUCUCGCGCAUUUACGCAAACUACCAGCACUCCCUCUCCACGCUCCUCCCUUACACAAACACGCACAUCUCCUCCCUUGCCGAGGAAGUGAAAUUCACGGCUGUCCUCGCGGACCUCGUCGAUACCCACCGCGACACCAUUCCCACCCUCGCGCGCGGAUUCCUCGAAUGUCGCCGGUAUAUUAGUCCGGGCGACGUAACCCGCUUUCUGGACGAGCAUCUGAAAACCCGCAUCGGCACGCGACUCGUUGCUGAGCAGCACAUCGCGCUUCACCAUUCGUCGCAGGCGCAUGCAGGACCGCCAGGGCCAGAGAGCUACAUCGGCGUGAUCGACACAGAGCUGAAACCCGCGUCGAUAAUUAAUGCGUGCGGGCACUUUGUGUCUGAGAUCUGCGAGCUUAAGUACGGCGUGCGUCCGACGUGGAUUAUCGACGGGGAUCCGGAAACGAAGUUCGCGUACGUGCCUGUGCAUCUCGAGUACAUCGUCACCGAGCUCCUCAAGAAUGCGUUCCGCGCCACCGUCGAGUCAGGUAACUCAGCGCGCCCGAUCAUAAUCACCAUCGCUGCCGAGCCGCCGGAUGACGAUGACGCCACGGACACCAUGCUCGAUAACCGGCUUGCGGCGCUGCCGCUCGCGGCGGGUCCGCCGGGCGUGACGAUCAGGAUCCGUGAUGAGGGCGGGGGAAUUAGCCCCGCUGUUAUGCCGAGCGUGUGGUCCUAUAGCUUUACGACGUUUGAGGAUGGCGAUGAUAUUCCCGCUGGGGCGACGGGGACGGAGAGUGGGAUGGAUGCGCUGAAUGCGAUUGCGGCGGGGGGAGGGGUGAAUAGCAGCAUUGCUGGGCUGGGGUAUGGAUUGCCGCUUAGUAGGACUUAUGCGGAGUAUUUUGGGGGUGGGAUUGCGGUGCAGAGCUUGUAUGGGUGGGGAUGUGAUGUUUAUCUGAGGCUUAAGGGUAUUGGAAAGUUAUAGGUUCGGUGCAUGGCGGAGUUAGCAUGAGUUAUCCGCAUGGCGUUUUGGACAUUAGGUUACUAUAGCGGUUGAAUAGGGGGGAGGGAGGCUAGGAACCAAAUUGUAUAUAACAGUGUCUAUAGAUGACAUACGUGCUUAUAGCAGCUAUAACACAACUAAGGGGU